AUGGAAGUUGUGUUCUUGUUGACAAUGGUCCUUUUGAUACCCACCCAUUCUCAAACUACGCAAUUCCAGGAUAACCCAGUUAAUGAUCCGAGUAGAAGAACAAGUUCUCGUGGUCGGCUUUCGAGACCGCUAAUCGGACGUGAUGGGAAGGUUUAUGCUUGCUCUGACAAAGAUUUACUUGCAUUUGAAUCCAACGGGUCCAUUGCUUGGACCAUGCAUUUGAACUAUACCUGCAAGUCCGAUAUGGCUCCGGUCCACGGUGGUAGAGGAAAGGUACGUGCGUUUCUUGAAAAUGUCUGCUCCGGCAUCUGUAGGAAGCAGCUGCUUGAAUAUGACGUCUGGAGUGUGGUUCAAGUUUUGAAAGCACUUUUUGAAAAAAGCUGUUUAUUUGUGAAACUGCUUCGGCAGAUAUAUCUGGUUGCAGGUAACAAGGUGAUUAAAAUCAAUUUGUUGAACAAUGGAACUUCUGAACCGUCUGCACAAGUUUUGCUAAGUACUGAGCCAACGAAAGACGAACAAGGUGGGGUUGUUGGGAUUGCAGUUAGCACAUUGAGUUCAUCUAUCUUUGUAACUGUCCAAAAUCGGGGACUCUUUGCGUACAUGACACGGGGGCAGUUGGUCUGGAGUGCAGGACCUGUCAUCGAACUAUUUGGUUAUCGCCAAGGUUGUAGGAAGAACAAUGCAGAUUGUUAUUUCAACUCCGUCCCUGUGAUUGAUGAAUGCGAGGCUAGUAUAUAUAUCUCGAAUACUGAAGGUGAGAUCUACUCGCUAUCAAUUCGUAGUCCUCACUUCAAAUGGAUCCAGGAUUUAAGUUCUUACGAUAAAGUUUUCACUAUAACCGCUGGAAACAACGGUAGAUUGUAUGUUACUGUACCAGUCAAGGCUCUAUUGUUGGCGCUAGAUGUUUCUUCAGGAAAUGUGUUGUGGGAGGGAAUUAUUGGUCCAUUAAGUAACUCAGAUUACACGCCGAUUGUUGAUUCUAAUGGUUGGAUAUCUAUUGGUUCCUUAGAUGGGUUCCUAUACUCAUUUUCACCAACCGGGAUUCUCAAGAAAUUCUCAAUAACAACCGCAGUGGACUCAGUGAUCCAAGUCAGUCCUGUACUCGACUGCACUGGUUAUGCAAUUUAUAUCUCUCAGACAAAGAUGGAAGGGAAGAUCAGCCAUGCCGUAGGUGAAUAUACUUAUGUGUCAGCAAUGAAACCGAAAAGUGUUCAUAUUACCUUGUAUGUUCCAGCCACCGGAUCCAUCUACUGGUCCGAUAGCUAUCCUGGUAAUUUUGUUUAUGUGGUGCUUUUAUUGCAAAUCUUGAACUCGAAGGAUUUCAUCUGCCAGUCCUUCCUGUUUUUGUCCCCAUCAGGUAAUGGAAGGGCAAUACUUUUGUUCCUGCUUUUCGAAUCUGCAAUCUUGGUACUACUAGCCGGACCUGUGCGAUUCUGCUGCAUAUUCUGGAGUAAAAAGAAGCUUCAAGGCGAAAAAAACCUCGGAAGUUUUCUUGAAAAGAGACGCUCUCUCCGACUCAAAAAGAAGACGUUCGACAGGACGAUCACAGAACUCGAGCAAGCCGCGGUCGAAGCAGUGACCAGCGCACAAGUGCUUGAGAAACUGUCGAAUCUGUUACAGAAAAGGCAAUUCAUAGAGAGGAAGCUCUCAACAACAUAUAGUUUGGGCAGAGAUGGCGGCAGCAGCUCGCGGUCGAAAUCUCUUCUUCCAUCAUACGACGGGAAGAAAACAAGGAGUGUAGUCCACACGUUGAGUGAUGCAUCAUCGUCUUCCAGAGAAAGCAGCAGCAGCGGAGGAGGAGGAGAGAGUGAGUGGAGUUGUUACGAAAGCAAGGGGAAGGCAGCUGCAGUGGAAGAAGUGAGUAGUUCAAGUGAUGGCUUAGGGUUUCUGGCAAAGAGAAGUGCAUCAAAGGCAGCUGCAUCAAGCUCUAGAGAAUCUGAACCAAAUAUAAUGAUUGGUAGCAGUGGGAGCUUGUCGUUGAAGAGGAGAAGGGCUUUGUCGUCAACUUAUUAGAAACUAGGUAGGAAUCGAAUUGGAUCAUAAAUGAAGAUUAAAAGAUCGAACAGUUUGGAUUAUGAAAAUUUUACGGUGAAAUAUGUUAUAAGUAAGUAGGGGAAUGAGUUCAUCC